UUCAUUUGUUUACAAAAUAAUUCUUUCAUGUGGGAUCGUCGGAUCAAUAAUUCAACCACCAAUUCCAUCGACCAAAAAGUUUGUCAAAUCAUAAAAAUGAGAAACUUGUUAAACUCAGUCAUCGGGUGAAGCACACAGCAACGAUUUUACCAGAACUGCCUCAGGUCUCGCAUCGCUAUCUUCAGAAAAGGAAAAAGGAAUCAAUUGUACGUUCUCUGUUACAUUUGACUCCAACAGAUAUUGCUUAUUCGUUUGAUUACUGAGACAUAUAUGUUAGCUACACUAUGGGGUCUGCGAGUAUAUUAGCAAGUGGACAAGCAAAGCAGCCGGUUUUCUCCUUCGGAGUUAUUUCUGAUGUCCAAUAUGCUGAUAUUCCUGACGGGUACUCAUUCCAUGGCACCCCUCGAUUUUAUCGACAUAGCAUUCAAAUACUACAAAGGGCUGUAGAGAAAUGGAACAGCCAUGGGAAGCUUAAAUUUGUGAUUGACUUUGGUGAUAUUGUUGACGGAAAAUGCCCUCGAGAUAAUUCUCUAACUGCUGUUAAGAAAGUAACUGGUGAAUAUAAGAAGUUCAAUGGCCCAGUCUAUCACAUGAUCGGUAAUCACUGCCUCUACAACCUUCCCCGUGAAAAAUUGCUCCCAUUGUUGCACAUUUCAAAUCCUAAUGGUCUUGCUUACUACGAUUUUUCACCGAGUCCAGACUAUAGAAUUGUUAUUCUCGAUGGCUAUGAUAUCAGUGCCAUUGGAUGGCCUGAAAGCCAUCCCAAAACGUUACAGGCAUUAGAGUUUCUCGAGAAGAAGAACCCGAAUUUAGAGAAGAACAGCCCUGAGGGACUUGUUGGACUGGAACGGAGGUUCCUUAUGUAUAAUGGAGCUGUUGGAGAAGAACAAUUAGAAUGGCUGGAUGGCAUACUUCAGGAUGCAACUAAGUUAAAGCAGAAAGUGAUUGUUGGUUGCCAUCUGCCUUUAGAUCCUGGUGCAUCAUAUCGAGAAGCGCUUCUCUGGAAUUACGGAGAAGUAAUGUCUGUGAUAUACCAGUAUAAUUGCGUGAAGGUUUGCUUUUCUGGACAUGAUCACAAAGGUGGCCAUUCAGUUGAUUCCCACGGAAUACACCACAGGUCCUUUGAAGCAGCACUGGAGUGUCCUCCUGGUACGGAUGCAUUCGGAUACGUUGAUGUUUAUGACGACAGGUUAGUGCUUUUCGGUACUGAUAGAAUGGAGAGCACCGUCAUGUGCUUUAAACACUGAGUGUACGCUUAUCUAAACAUCAUUGUGAUAGUUUCCGGUUAAUUAUUUCAAAAUCCAUAUUGCAAUGCAUACUUGCGUUCAUAUGGUGCUCUGUCUAGAGCUUCAUUAUUGUUUGUAAUCAUCUACCUAUUGAGAAACUCUUAAGUGAAUCAAGUCCAAAUUUACGAACCAUCCAUUUAAAGUGUAA